AUGAGCUGGCAAUCCGGCAGCAUCCGAAGUGGAGGUGGGAGCAAGGGCUUCAGUACAGUCUCUGCUGUGGUUCCAAGUAGCCACAGAGCCAGCUUCAGUUCGGUUUCCGUGUCAAGAGGCGGCGGAGGUUUCGGAAGGCUCAGCGGCGGAGGCAGUUUUGGCAGCCGGAGCCUCUAUAACCUAGGGGGCACUAAGAAAAUUUCCAUCGGUGGUGGGAGCAACCUCCGGAGUGGAUUUGGGGGUGGAGCUGGUGGUGGCUUCGGUCUUGGCGGCGGAGGUCAUGGUGGCGGAUCUAGCUUUGGUGGGGGAGCUGGCGGUGGUGGGCUCAGUAUUGGUGGUGGAGCCGCUGGGAGUGGAUUUGGCUUUGGUGGCAGUGGGCUUGGUUUUGGUGGCGGGGGAGGCUUUGGUGGAGGUAGAAGUCCAGCAGGAUUUGGGGGUGGCAAUUUACCUGGCAUGGGUACCAUCCAAGAAGUGACCGUCAACCAAAGUCUCCUGGCGCCACUGAACCUGGAGAUUGACCCAAACAUCCAACAGGUGCGAAAAGAGGAGAAGGAGCAGAUUAAGAGUCUCAACAAUAAAUUUGCUUCUUUCAUUGACAAGGUCCGCUUCCUGGAGCAGCAGAACAAGGUGCUUGAGACCAAGUGGACCCUGUUGCAGGAUCAGGGUCAGAAAUCCAAUUCCAACAAGAAUAACCUUGAACCCUUCUUUGAGUCUUAUAUCAACAACCUGAGGAAGCAGCUGAACAACCUAUUAAAUGAAAGAGGGCGGAUGGAGGGAGAACUGAAGAACACGCAGGACCUUGUAGAGGAUUUUAAGAACAAAUACGAAGACGAAAUCAACAGGCGCACAGCCGCGGAGAAUGAGUUUGUGGUGCUCAAGAAGGAUGUGGAUGCCGCCUAUAUGAACAAGAUAGACCUGGAGGCCAAGGUGGAUGCGUUGAUGGAUGAGAUCCACUUCCUCAGAACCCUCUAUGACGCGGAACUGGCCCAGCUGAAUGCCCAGGUGUCUGACACCUCCGUCAUCCUGUCGAUGGACAACAACCGAGACCUGGACCUUAGCAGCAUCGUGAACGAAGUCAAAGCUCAGUACGAGGACAUUGCUAACAGGAGCCGAGCCGAGGCCGAGUCAUGGUAUCAGAACAAGUUCGAGGAGCUGCGAGCCACUGCUGGGAAACACGGCGAUGACCUGCGGAACACAAAGGGAGAAAUCUCAGAGCUCAACCGGCUGACCCAGAGGUUACGGGCCGAGAUUGAGAAUGCAAGGAACCAGUGCGCCAGUCUGCAGACGGCGAUCGCGGACUCCGAGGAGCGUGGCGAGCUGGCGCUCAAAGAUGCCAGGAUGAAGGUGGCUGAUCUGGAGGAUGCUCUCCAGAAGGCCAAGCAGGACAUGACGCGCCAGCUGCGGGAGUACCAGGAGCUGAUGAACGGAAAGCUGGCCCUGGAUAUCGAGAUCGCCACCUACAGGAAGCUGCUGGAGGGAGAGGAGAGCAGGCUGAGCGGAGAAGGCGUCAUCCCCGUCAGCUACUCGGUGGUCAGCUCUAGCGCUGGAGUUGGUGGCGGAGCUGGUUUAGGAGGAGGAUUUGGCGGUUUUAGCUCAGCAGGAGGCGGAGGAGGAUUCGGCUAUGGAGGUGGAAGUGGUCUCGGUCUCGGAGGCGGAGGGUUCGGCUUUGGAAGCGGCGGCGGCUUCGGAGGGGGCAGUGGCUUUGGCUAUGGAGGUGGCAGCGGGCUGAGCGCCGGAGGAGGAAAUUUCAGCACCGGAAGCGGGAAAGGCACUGGGGUGGGAACCAGCGUGGGCGUGAAAAUUGUCUCCAAAACCUCUUCCAGCAAAAAGACCAUUAAAACCACCAUGAGUCGAAUCUCCAUGAGAAAAUCAACAAGCGGGGGUGGAAGCAAGACCUUCAGCUCAGGUUCUGCUGGCUUAGGCGGAGGUUUUGGUGGUGGUGGUGGUGGCAGAAGCAGCUUCAGCUCGGUCUCUGUCUCUCGAGUUGGAGGAGGAAGAGCUGGUGGCUUUGGAGGUGGUGGCGGUGGUGGUUUUGGCAGCAGAAGCCUAUAUAGCCUAGGUGGAAAUAAAAGAGUUUCCUACAGUACUGUCGGCGGAGGUCUCCGGAGUGGAUUUGGUGGUGGUGGAGGAUACGGUUUUGGAGGAGGAUCAGGCAUUGGCUUUGGUUACGGUGGUGGAGCAGGCGGUGGUUUUGCUCUCGGUGGAGGUGGCGGGUAUGGGUUAGGUGGUGCUGGCGGUGGCUAUGGGUUGGGUGGCCCUGGGUUCGGUGGAAGGGGUGGCCCUGGGUUUCCCGUUUGUCCACCUGGCGGCAUCCACGAAGUGACCGUCAACCAGAGCCUCUUGGCGCCGCUCCACCUGGAUAUCGACCCGGAGGUCCAGAAAGUGAAAGUGCAGGAGAGAGAACAGAUCAAGACCCUCAACAACAAAUUUGCCUCCUUCAUCGACAAGGUCCGAUUCUUGGAGCAACAGAACAAAGUAUUGGAGACCAAAUGGACUCUACUGCAGGAACAGGGUCAGACGACUGUCAAACGGAGCCUGGAGCCUCUUUUUGAAGCCUACAUUAAUAACCUCAGGAGGCAGCUAGAUAACCUUUUGGGGGAGAGAGGAAGGCUGGAUUCAGAACUGAGGAACAUGCAAGACAUGGUGGAGGAUUUCAAGAAUAAAUAUGAAGAUGAAAUCAACCGGCGCACAGCUGCAGAGAAUGACUUUGUGGUGCUCAAGAAGGAUGUGGACGGCUCCUACAUGAACAAGGUCGAGUUGCAGGCCAAAGCAGACGCGCUGGCCGAUGAAAUUAAUUUCCUGAGAGCUCUGUAUGAAGCGGAACUGAGCCAGAUGCAGCAGCAGGUCUCCGACACCUCCGUCAUCCUGUCUAUGGACAACAACCGAAGCCUGGACCUGGACAGUAUCAUCCGGGAGGUCAAAGCCCAGUACGAGGAGAUUGCCAACAGGAGCAGAACUGAGGCAGAGUCUUGGUACCAGACUAAGUUUGAGGAGCUGCAGAUCUCUGUCGGGCGGCACGGUGAUGACCUGCGCAACACAAAGGUCGAAAUUUCCGAGAUCAACCGGAUGAUCCACAGGCUGCGGAAUGAAAUCGACAACGUGAAGAAGCAGUGCGCCAACCUGCAAGCGGCCAUUGCCGAGGCCGAGGAGCGCGGCGAAAUGGCCCUCAAGGACGCCCGAGCGAAACUGGCUGAGCUGGAGGAUGCCCUGCAGAAGGCCAAGGCAGACUUGGCGCGCCAGCUGCGGGAGUACCAGGAGCUGAUGAACGUCAAGCUGGCCCUGGAUAUCGAGAUCGCCACCUACAGGAAGCUGCUGGAAGGAGAGGAGAGCAGGCUGGCAGGAGAGGGAGUUGGACCCGUGAGCAUCUCGGUGGUCAGUUCCUCGACUGGAUACAGUGGCGGAGGCAGCCUGGGAGGAGGAUACGGAGGUGGGCUUUCCCUGGGAGGUGGCGGAGGAGGUGGCGGCUACGGUCUCGGCAUGGGAGGCGGGAGCGGAUUCGGCCUUGGCGGCGGCGGCGGCGGCGGCAGCGGAUAUGGCUACGGAAGCGGGAUGAGCAUUGGAGGUGGCAGUGGUUUCAGCUCUGGAAGUGGAAGAGGCCUGAGUGGAAGUCUGAGCUCCGGAGGGAGGAGCGGCUCCAGCGUGAAAAUCGUAUCCAAGACCACGACCAGCAAAAAAUCCAUCAGAUAAAGACGAGGCCCCCAGCGAUCCCCGCAUGAAUGAAAACACGUUUCCUACCUACUGAAAGCAAGUGCAGCCCUUAGAAAUCCAUUGUGUAAAUAGCUGAGCUAAUCCCCACACUCGAGUCCUUUCACCUUUUCCCCGCGGAUUGGGUACAGCCAGGAUCUUACCAUGGAAAUCAGGAAUGUUGUAGGCCAAAGCAUUGCUUGCAAUCUGUUUCACAUGUGGGGUUCUGACCAGCACAGAGGCCAGACCGUAUUCCUGAUUCGGCACGUGCUUUAAUGUUCAUUCCCAUUGGAAUCGGGAACUUAAAGAUAAGCUGAAGCGCUUUGCUGAAUCGGGACCCAUCUGAUCACCACGAC